AUGGAAGCCCAGCAGGGGCAAGCCCGAGUAGAGCAAGCCCGGCUAGAGCCCGCCUGGUGGGAGCCCGUCCGGCAGGAGCUCGUCCGACGAGAGCUGGACCGGCUGGAACAGGCCUGUCAGGAGGAGCGUUUAAUCAUGCUACCUACGCUUCCAAAUAACGAACCCGAUAGCCAUAGAACGCUCCACCACUACCACCACGCGCCCAGCAAGUAUAUUCAUGGCAGCCCACACCCUCUUUAUCCCGAAGGGCAAUAUCAAAAUCCGAGGUACAGCAUCCCAGACACAGAUAGCCCCUGGACAGGCGCGGAAGACAGUCUUCUCCUCGAGCAAAUCCCAUAUGCCACGCCUCCUGGAAUAAGAGCCCGCUACGGCUUCGAGAUACUGGCCUUCUGGCCCCGAAUUUCACGCCAGAUGACAAAGGAAUCGCGUGCAAAGAACAUUAGCAACCGAGAAUAUACGCCGGAUAGCUGUGAAGCCCGAUACUGCGUUAUCCUCAGCCAAAUCGAAAACCCACGCAUAGGAAACAGGGCGCCUGAUGGUGAUGGAGGUGUCAGCCAAAUUGGAAAAUCGGACAGUGGAAACGGGGGGCCAGUUAAUGAUGAAGCUGUCAGUCAAACUGAAAAACCAGACAAUGGAGACGAGGGGACAGUUGGUAAUGAAGCCGUCAGCAAAAUCGAAAAUCCAGACAACGGAAACAGCAGGCCUGACGGUGAUGGAGGUGUCAGCCAAAUCGAAAAACCAGAGCACAGAAACAGGGGCCCUGAUAGUCAUAGAGGAGUCAACCCGUAUGGGUAUUUGAUCCCAGCUGCAUAUCAACUUGACAUGCCGCCAUAUAUUGGCUUAGACAGUCAGUUGACUCCUACCGACUACCACAGCGAGCGGAAAGAAGCGAAUCUCCUCGGAAAGCUAGUCAACGUGCAGAGAAUUAGGACGGCUAUAGGAGUAGGACAAUUGCUUAACCCAGAACAGGGAAUCGGUCCCCCAGUCCCUCCUUUGAUAGCCCAUGACGAACCAUGA